AUGGACUCAUAUGUAGCAUCGGCAGUCUCUAAAGAAGACGACCAUGUCUUGCAGAGAAAGAGCAUUGGGUCGUCUGAUAAAGAGAAGGAAGAUGUGCAGGAGCAGGCUCUCGUUCUUGACGACGCCGAGGUUGAAGCCAAGUCUAGAAAGGAAUUCUCCAAGAAAAAGCUCCGUGUCUUUGCGCUCGUUGCCUUGGCUGGCCUUAUCCUUGGAUGGUGGAUCUCUGCUACGGUACUUAAGGCAACUCGAGGCAGAUGGGUUGUUCAAACCGUCCUAGCAUGGUUUUUCCUCUUAAUCAUCGCGUUCCGCUUCAUUCCCAACUCGAUUGUCUCAAGGCCUGUCUCUGCGGUUUGGAUACCGUACAUACAGGAACCAUGGUAUAGACUCCCUAGGUAUAUCAGGUUGACAGUUGGGUGGUUGUGCCUUCUUGGCAUUGUGUUCGGAUCGGCUUUUGGGUUCCCUCUUACCGGUAACACUAACUAUGGCGACCGUGCUAUCUCGGUCCUCGGUCUUCUUAUCUUUCAGACUUGUUUCUGGUUGACCUCCACCAAUAGGGGUGCUAUUCCUUGGCCCACUGUUAUCGUGGGACUGUUUCUUCAACAAGCUGUCGCGUUGUUUGUGCUCAAGACAAAUGCCGGCUUCUCCAUAUUCAAAUGGAUUGCGGACCUUGCGUCCUCCUUCCUGACAGAAGCUUACGUUGGUGCGGCGUUCUUCUUUUCAGACGCUGUAGUAGCGAAUGGGUAUUUCUUUGUUAAUACCCUCUCAGCCAUCAUAUUUUUCAUUGCAACUGUACAAAUGCUGUAUUAUCUCGGGGUCAUGCAAUGGAUCAUUAAAGGAUUCGCGUGGUUCUUCUUCAAGUUGAUGAAUGUUUCUGGUGCUGAAGCUGUUGUCGCUGCUGCAUCACCGUGGGUUGGACAGGGUGAAUCUGCAUGUCUCGUCAAGCCAUAUGUCGACACAAUGACUACAUCCGAAUUGCACCUUACUAUGACUUCCGGUUUUUCAACGAUUGCUGGUUCGGUUCUUACUGCAUAUAUUGGUCUCGGUGUACCGCCGCAAAACCUUGUCACAUCUUCAGUGAUGAGUAUCCCUGCAUCCAUUGCAAUCAGCAAAAUGCGAUACCCUGAGGUCGACGAGCCUGUCACACGCGGCCGGGUUGUGGUUGACCGUGGUGAGGAUGCUGACAAGGACAGACCCGUAAAUGCACUACACGCAUUCUCUCAGGGUGGCUGGUUUGGACUGAAAGUCGCUGGGCAAAUUCUAACGAAUGUGCUCAUCAUCCUUUCGCUUGUGUCAACCGUAAACGGUCUUCUUACUUGGAUUGGUAGAGGAUUUGGUAUCCAUCACCUCACUCUGCAGCUCAUUCUCGGCUAUAUCGCGUACCCCGUCACGUUCUUCUUAGGUGUACCACGCCCAGAAAUUCUUCGUGUUGCGCAGCUUCUCGCAACUAAGCUGAUAGAGAAUGAAUUCGCUGCUUAUUUAGAAUUGCAAGCUAUUCAAAACAGCUCAGAUCCACUGUCACCUCGCGCAUUCACGAUCGCAUCAUACUCCCUAUGUGGUUUUGCCAACCUGAGUUCUCUGGGUAUUCAGAUUGGCGUGCUUAGCGCCCUCGCUCCAACUCAAGCCAAAACUAUUGCACGCAUCUCAACUUCAGCGAUGAUAUGUGGAUUUAUCUCAACACUUCAAACCGCUGGUAUCGCGGGAAUGCUUAUUUGA